AUGGCGACCAACGGCGAUUAUCCGCCCUCUGAAGAAGACACUCCGCCGCAGUCACCUACACUCCAAGCACAGGACGAACAGUCAGAAGCACGACCGAAAGGCCCUGCAGCAGCGCCUAGAUCUGCUCUGAAGAAGGCCAACAAUGCAGCAGCGGCCGCGGCAUCAAGACCGCCACUCCCAGAGCAGCCAGACCCCAAAGACCUCGAUGUGGCAUCGCUUACACCGCUCUCGCCCGAAAUCAUUGCCCGCCAAGCGACUAUCAACAUCGGUACCAUUGGCCAUGUCGCUCACGGAAAGAGUACGGUCGUGAAGGCGAUAUCAGGCGUGCAGACCGUGCGAUUCAAGAAUGAACUCGAGCGAAACAUCACCAUCAAGCUUGGUUAUGCCAAUGCCAAGAUCUACAAGUGCGACAGCGAAGAGUGCCCUCGCCCUACAUGCUAUAGGAGUUUCAAGAGUGAAAAGGAGGUUGACCCGCCUUGCGAGCGACCUGGUUGCACCGGUACAUACCGACUAUUCAGACAUGUUUCGUUCGUUGACUGUCCCGGACACGACAUUCUCAUGAGCACUAUGCUGUCAGGUGCAGCGGUCAUGGACGCCGCAUUGCUUUUGAUCGCAGGCAACGAGACCUGCCCGCAGCCGCAGACCUCGGAGCAUCUCGCAGCUAUCGAGAUCAUGAAACUUCAGCACAUAAUCAUUCUUCAGAACAAGGUCGACCUCAUGCGAGAAGAAGCUGCCGCACAGCAUUACGAGUCAAUUCGCAAAUUCAUUCGUGGCACAGUCGCCGAUGACUCGCCUAUCAUCCCCAUUUCCGCGCAGCUGAAAUUCAACAUCGACGCUAUCAACGAGAUGUUGGUCACCAAAAUUCCCGUGCCUGUACGCAACUUCCAGGACGACCCUCAUAUGAUCAUUAUCAGAUCAUUCGAUGUCAACAAGCCCGGUUCUGAGAUCGAUGAGCUCCAAGGUGGUGUUGCGGGAGGCUCCAUCCUGACUGGCAUCCUAAAGCUUGGCGACGAGAUCGAAAUCAGACCCGGUAUCGUGUCAAAAGACGAGCAAGGCAAGAUUCAGUGCAAGCCAAUCUACUCACGGGUCAUCUCUCUAUUCGCCGAGAACAACAGCCUCAAGUUUGCUGUGCCAGGUGGUCUCAUUGGUGUCGGAACUCGCAUAGAUCCAACUCUCUGCCGUGCCGACCGUUUGGUGGGCCAUGUCCUGGGCCUCCGAGGCAAGCUUCCAGAAAUCUACGUGGAAAUCGAAGUGAAUUACUUCCUCCUUCGACGCCUGCUGGGUGUGAAGACGGCAGAUGGCAAGCAGGCCAAGGUCGCUAAACUCACCAAGAACGAGGUACUCAUGGUCAAUAUUGGAUCGACCGCGACUGGAGCCAAGGUUGUCGCUGUGAAAUCGGAUGUGGCUAAGCUGCAACUUACCUCCCCUGCCUGCACGGCGAUCAACGAGAAGGUGGCUCUGAGUCGACGCAUCGAGAAGCAUUGGCGAUUGAUCGGUUGGGCUACAAUCCUCAACGGAGAUACGAUUGAUCCCCAGAAGCCGGAGUGA